AUGUCGAUAGCCAAUGAUAGAGAAGUUACAAAGGACAAGCAGAUAAGAAGGCCAAGAACAGAAAUGAUAAAGAAUAUUGAUUUGGCGAAGAAUAGCAAACAGAUGUAUACUAUGCCGAGCCCAGCAUAUCAUAAAUCUCUAUCACAUGGCCUCCCCAGCAACCGCUCCUCAGUCCACGUUCCAUCAUCUGAUGAAAUAAGGCAAAUCACUGAAGGCUUUGUGUCAAGCAAAAAAAGAUCGACUGAGACCAAUUUUUAUUCCACUUUUAGCACUACUUCUUUUUCAGAUUCACAAAGGACUUAUAAACUCCCACGGCUAGUCUUAGUAAAAGCACUUAAAGGAGUCAAUACAGGAGCCAAUUGGUUUGAUGAAAACGAAGAGCUUAAUCUUCGUGACGGAAAAGGCUCAACCAGGUUUUCAGCUAAACCAAACACAACUGGGGAGUCUUGGAAUAAAAUUUUCCCUACAAGAGAAGUCCCGUUUCAAAAGGUCCCAAAAACACAUAGUGAAAGAUUUUCUCUUAUAAAUCCAAAAGAAGACUUAGAGUUGGCAAAUUAUGUGGUAAACUGCAAAAAUGCAUUUAAAACAGAGUGGUCUAAGCAUAGAGAGCUUAAAGACAGGAAAUUUUUCCCUGAGCUGCAUCCUGAGUUUAUUGGGUUUUCUAACUCUCCCAACUGUGAGUAUAUUAAACCAUUGGAAAAAUCCCUAUUCUUUGGGUAAAAACAUAACAAAUAAACAAUUUUUUAAUAGAGUUUUUUUUUGAUAUAUAAGUAAUAAUUAUUAUAAUGACAUCUCAAGCUAAUUCUGUUUAAUUUUAACACCUCGCAUUUUUUAAAACAAAAUUUUCGAAUUAAAUUAAUAUUUGCUUUCCAAUUUUUUACUAAUUGGGAUUUUUUUGGAUAUUGAAAAAAUAAAAACUAUAAAAUUUAUAUAUAUAAAUUUUUAAAAGAAAAAUUAACCCCAGUGAACAAACAAAAUUUUUUUGUUUGCUUACGGCGGGGAGUAAGGAGCAUGGGAUUAAGAGGGAUAGAAUUGUGAUUUUCAGAGAAGAAAUGCUAAAAGUCCAGAAUAUGAUGAAAGAGGCAUGGACAAAAAAGAAAGGGCCUGGAGCCAAGGUAUAA